AUGUCCAGUAGCUUCACCGGCUUGCGAAUAGGACGCCUCCAGAAUCGCCUCCCUUUGCUUUCAGUGUCCCCUCAGUCUCAGCUGCUGCCACGCCGUUUUCUUCGAUCCCCUCUUCUUCUUCGGCCACCGCGACAGGAUCCGACCAACAACGUCGGUAAGAGCAGAGCCAUCCACUUUCCAUCGCUCUCCACCUCUCUAUCGACUCAAAACAGAUCGUCACUGAGAGCGGUUGCCACAGCUUCGGCGUCCUCCGAAAUGGUGAAAGCUAUUAGGGUUCAUGAACUCGGUGGACCUGAGGUCUUAAAGUGGGAGGAUGUGGAAAUAGGUGAACCCAAGGAGGGAGAGAUUCGUGUGAAGAACAAGGCCAUUGGGGUCAACUUCAUCGAUGUUUAUUUCUGUAAAGGGGUAUACAAGGCACCCACCAUGCCCUUCACACCAGGCAUGGAGGCUGUUGGUGAGGUAGUAGCUGUGGGACCUGGACUAACUGGCAGGAAAGUUGGAGAUAUUGUAGCUUAUGCUGGCGGUCCAAUGGGCUCAUAUGCUGAAGAGCAAAUUCUCCCAGCAAGUAAAGUUGUGCCUGUUCCUCCUUCUAUUGGUCCAGUUAUUGCAGCAUCAGUCAUGCUGAAGGGCAUGACAGCCCAGUUUCUCCUCCGCCGCUGCUUUAAGGUUGAGAAUGGACACACAAUCCUUGUCCAAGCUGCAGCUGGUGGAGUUGGAUCCCUAUUGUGCCAAUGGGCUAAUGCCCUCGGGGCAAUCGUUAUUGGUACUGUCUCAACUAAAGAAAAGGCAGCUCAAGCUAAGGAUGAUGGUUGUCAUCAUGUUAUUAUCUACAAGGAAGAGGAUUUUGUUUCUCGUGUUAAGGAGAUUACAUCAGGCAAUGGGGUUGAUGUUGUCUAUGACUCGGUAGGAAAGGACACAUUUCAGGGAUCCUUGGAAUGCUUGAAGAUUAGGGGCUACAUGGUGAGCUUUGGGCAGUCCUCGGGAACCCCAGAUCCAGUUCCAUUGUCGGCUCUUGCGGCAAAGUCCCUCUUUUUGACAAGGCCUACCCUCAUGCAGUACACCAUCAGUCGGGACGAGUUGCUGGGAGCUGCUGGAGAGGUAUUUGCCAGCGUCGCCUCGGGUGUCCUAAAGGUUCGCGUGAAUCACACAUACCCACUGUGCGAAGCAGCGAAGGCACAUGCCGAUCUUGAAAGCCGGAAGACAUCCGGGUCGGUCGUGUUGAUUCCAUAGGGAACGCAAAGCAGUUAAAAGUCCCUGUGUGUUAGUGGUUGUCGAGGCUACUCGUAGUGCCCUCGAGCCCCUUGUAAGUUUUCUAUGCCGGGAUAUUUCUCUUUAGAUGAUUAGCAAGGGCCCCUUCCUUUCCUGGAACAAUUGUGGUUCGCGCGACUUGUAAACAAUCUCAAAUGUGAGAAUGCAUCUGUGUUCUGCAGCUCCUCUGCUUGCCAGUAAAGAAUUUUGUGAUUAUAUCUGGAAGUUGGUCCUUCGGUUUUUUUCGCCA